GAUUCCUGGUCAGUCACUGGUUGUUCCGGAAAUCUUCUUCGGAAGCUUCCCAGACGUUCGCCAGAAUGACAACUUCUGCAUGAGGUGCAGCGGUUACCUCCUCACGAGAAUGGCUGGUGACUACAAGUUCUUCCUGAGCUCAGAUGAUGGUUCUUUGAUGUACUUGAAUGGGGAAAAGAUCGUGGACAACGACGGCUGCCAUGGUGAACGCGAAAGGCACAGCCACCACAAGUCUCUCUCGGUUGGUGCGCACCAUGUGGUGCUGGACAUGUGCGAGAUGGGCGGCGGCCAAAACUUCAAGUUUCACUACCAAGGGCCGGACACCGGCGUUGCCAAGGUCAAGGUUCCCUCCUCCGUCCUUAGACAUGAGGCCAAGUUGUCGGACGGCCUGGAGUGCGACUACUUCUACGGCAGAGCACAAUGCCAAGUCCCAGAUUUGAAAGCGAUGACACCAGCCCACACCGCGAUUCUGCCGCAGAUCUUGAUGGAGAAUCGAAACUUCCCCAAUCUGUGGCAGAGCGACAACUUCUGCAUCAGGUGCACUGGUCAUCUCAUCACGAAGUACCCGGGCAGCUAUAAGUUCUUCCUGAACUCAGAUGAUGGCUCUUUGCUGUAUUUGAACGGGGAGAAGCUUGUGGACAACGACGGCUGCCAUGGUCCACGAGAAAGGGAAGGGGAAAACUUCCUUGCAGCCGGUGCCCACAGGCUGGAGGUGUCCAUGUGCGACAAAGGGCUCGGGGAGAGUUUCAAGAUGCACUACGAAGGGCCCGACAGUGGCAAUGCCAAGGUCACAGUGCCCCGGUCUGUCCUGAAACAUGAGAUCAAGCACUUGUCGGACGGUCUCGAGUGCGUCUACUUCUACAACCAAGCGCAGUGCAUGGUCCCUGACCUUGGAACAGGGAGCCCUGGUAAUUCCGUGGUGGUGCCUGACAUCUUUAUGGAGAUGGGAAGAUUCCGGGGAGCGCGCCAAGGCAACAAUUUCUGCCUGAGGUGUUCUGGUCAGCUCUCCGUGAAGACUCCUGGCAACUACAAGUUCUUCACCAGCUCAGAUGAUGGCUCGCUCCUGUACUUGAGCGGGGAGAAGCUUGUGGACAAUAACGGCUGCCAUGGUGAACGUGAGAGGCAAGGCGAAAAGUUCCUCGCAGCUGGCUCCUACGACCUGGUGGUGGACAUGUGCGAGAUGGGAGGCGGAGAG